AUGAAUAUUAUUUUAAUUAAAAAUACUUUAUAUAAUUGCCGAUUUACCCAACUUUCUGCCGGUGUUUUUGAAGGUUUACCUAAACUUCGUUCUCUUUCAAUAAUUGGAGCUAAAUCCUUACAAAGAUUAGAAGAAUAUUUUUUUCUUAGAUUAACAAAAUUGGAAAGUUUAAUUUUAUCAGAUUCUGGAUUACGUGAAUUUCCUCUUGAUGGAAUUUGUUCUUUACAGAAAUUACAGGUAGAGGGGAGAAAUUGGUUUUUAUUUAGAGUGUGA